CUAAAAUGCUAUAAUUUCAGAAGAAGCUGGAAAAUUUAUUACUUUCAUGAUCCCCAGCCUCUUUGCAUAUGGUCCUCUGCAAUGCCUGGUCAGGUUUCUUCAAGCCCAAAAAAAAGUCUAUCGAAUGCUGCUAUGCUCUGCAAUUACAACUGUAGUCCAUGUUAUCUUGUGUUGGACUUUGGUGACAAAAUCGACAUUGGGAGUCAGAGGAGCUGCCUCGGCAAAUUCUCUCUCUCUUUAGUUAAAUUUAUUGAUGUUAGCGCUUUAUGUCAAGUUCUCUUCUUCUUGUGCCAAGACUUGGACGGGUUUUUCAAAGGAGGGUUCAAGGGAUGGUCAUUUGAAGUGUUGGUUCUUCUCUCUGGUUUUCUUCCUAACCCAAAGUUAGAAACAUCAGUGCUUACAAUUUGCACACGGGUAUCCCAUGAACUUGGUGCUGGCCAACCUCAGGCGGCAAGGUUAGCUGCAAAUGUUGUCAUAUUCUUGGCAAUCAUAGAGGGUUCAGUCCUCGGAGUUGUCUUGCUACUGCUAAAGAAUGUUUGGGCCCAUGCUUUUAGCAAUGAGAAGGAAGUGGUAAAAUAUGUAGGAGCAAUGGUGCCUAUUCUUGCUGCUAACAGUUUACUUGAUGCAAUUCAAACAGUUCUUACGGGCGUUGCUACAGGCUGUGGCCGCCAGAAACUUUGGACAUGGAUUAAUCUGGGAACCAUCUACUUUCUAGGGAUUCCUGUAGCUAUAUUGCUAGCUUUUGUUCUACACCUAAAAGCAGAGGCUAGCGUUCAAUGUCUUUCCUCCUUACCACCAACUUUUGUCCAUGAGUACCAAGGAAUUGUAGUUGUCCGUGCCUUAAUUUUUCUGAUCAUUACAAUUCGGACCUACUGGGAGAAACAGGCAAACAAGGCUGCUAAGAGGGUCGAUGCUUCCAAAAUCCCUGGGGCUACGAGACCUCAAGGUUGAAAUAUUAAGGAGCAUUCUGGGAAGGUUGUUCCAGGAAUUCCCUCAUUCCUCGUGAUGGAAUAGGUUGAACAAGUAUUCACGAGUGCACAUCAUAAGCUACAGUUGCACAGGGU